AUGACAAGAUAUCUCCUAGAUUUCGUGCCAGUACAUAACGUCUUCGACCUAACGUUUAGCAAGUUUGACACCUCGACCCUUAUGGCCACCUUCUCCGUCGAUCUUUCCCAAUCCCCCAACACCGUAGGUCCCAACGGUUCGAAACUAUGGGGGUUUAAGCUUCGUGAUGGAGUGCUUCGAGAUAACGCAAUCAACGAACCGCUAGUGUAUACCAACUGGGAUUGUCCAACGGAAAAUCACGAUUCUCGAAUCUAUGUGUUCGACUCGGAGACCGAUAAAGAACAUCCAUUUCUACGAUCAUUUUUCGUCACACGCAGUCAAUUGAAAGCCCCGACUGACGAGUGCAAGGAGACUAAUGGGUGUUGGGAAAUUCCAAUCACAGGGAAAAAUAAAAGUAAAUCCAUUCGGGCCAAAUUUGUUGGCAAGAAUGAACUGAAAGAGGAUGGGAGUACGCAAACAAUAUUGGGCACAUUAAAUGAAGUUAGCGUCAAGGCGACGAUGUUGCUAAUGUCGGUUGAGGAACAGACGAAGGACCGUUGUAUUGGGGGAGUAAGAUUUGUGAUAUUGGAAGGUGGUGAAGAAUUUUUGAAGAAAAGAAAGAUGUGCACCAUUUCAUAA